AUGCCUCCCAAGCUCGACCCGUCCCAGAUCGUGGAGGUGUAUGUCCGCGUCACCGGCGGGGAGGUCGGCGCUGCGUCGUCCCUGGCCCCCAAGAUCGGUCCGCUCGGUCUCUCCCCAAAGAAGAUCGGAGAAGACAUCGCCAAGGAGACGGCCAAGGACUGGAAGGGCCUCCGCGUCACCGUCAAGCUCACCGUCCAGAAUCGCCAGGCCAAGGUGUCCGUCGUCCCCUCCGCCGCAGCCCUCGUCAUCAAGGCGCUCAAGGAGCCCGAGAGGGACCGCAAGAAGGUCAAGAACAUCAAGCACAGCGGCUGCACCGUUGACGGCAAGGACCCCAAGGAUCUGCAGACGGAGAUCGACGACGGCGAGGUGGAGAUCCCCGCUUAA